AUGAACAGCUCCCGGGCCGUGGUGGCGGCGGCUCCCCGGUGGUGGCGGGCGGCCGGGGGCGGGGCGGCCGGCGUGGUGCUCCCCUCGCUCCUGGCCGGGGUGGGCUUGGCGGGCCUGGCCGGCAACCUGCUCCUGGGGGCGCUGCUGGCGCGCGGGGCGCGGCGCGGCCAGGCCCCCCCGGCCAGCCGCCUGCUGCUGCUCAACCUGUGCGCCGCCGACCUGCUGCUGGCGCUCUGCUGCCUCCCGGCGCGUCUGGCCGCCUCGUGGCGGGGCGCCUGGCCCCUGGGGGGCUUCCUCUGCCGGGCAACGGAGUGGCUGCUGCACGGCUGCCCGGUGGCCAAGAGCCUGAGCUGGGCGGCGGUGGGGCAGGCCCACUGCCACCACCUGCGGGCGCCCCCCCGCAGCCGGGGCUGGGGCGGCCGGCGCCUGGCGGGGCUGCUGGCGGCGCUGUGGCUGGCGGCGCUGCUCCUGCCGCUGCCCCUCUUCCUCUUCAGCCGCCUGGAGGGCGCCCCCCCGAGCCGGCGCCUCCACUGCGUCUUCCGGAGCCCCCCCGACGCCGCCGCCUUCAUGGACGUCUUCGGCAAGGUCUACCCCCUGGCGGCCUACCUGGCGCCGUCGGGCUUCACCUGGGCGUGCUACGGGCGAGCGCUGCGCCUGCAGGCGGCGAGGGAGCCCGCCCCCCGCGCCCGGACGGCCACCCGCCUGCUCCUGGCCCUCAGCCUCCUCUUCCAGGCCAUGUGGCUGCCCGCCUGGGUGGCGUGGCUGUGGGAGCGGCACGGCCCCCCGCCGCCGCCCGCCCUGGGCUUCCUGGCCGAAGGGCUGGUCUUCCUCAACGGCGCCGUCAGCCCCGGGGUCCUGGUGGCCUCCUCGGAGGAGCUCCGCGAGGGGCUGAGCGGCGUCUGGACAGGACUGCGCUGCGGGAGACGGGAGCGGGGACCCGCCGGGGCCGGGGCCGGGCCGGACCCGCCGCGGGAGGCGGCGGCGGCGGCGGAGAAAGCGCUCCCCGACGUGGAGCACUUCUGGAAGGAGCGGAGGAGCGCGGCCGCCGGGGAGGAGAGCGACCCGGUCCCUUGGGAGCGCCAGGGCGAGCCCUGA